CAAAGCAGCUCUUGGAGCGAAGGAGAGAGGGUCGUAAGGAGACUCCGGUUAGGGUCUCGGAGGGAGUCGAGGAGGUUCUGAUUUUCUGUGGCGUCUGGUUCGCGAGCGGAGUUCGCUUAUUCUGCCGGGGGCUUCCGGGACAGGGCUGGAUUCUAGGGGUUUUGUUUUUGCUUUUCAAAGGGGAGAGGGUGUAAGGAAAGAGGAGAAUGGACAGAAUAUUGACCGGAACGUUAAUUGGGGCUUUUCGGAUGGGAAGAGCAGAAUAAUUCUAUAUUCUUCUUCCUUCAUUUGCUUCAUUAGUUAGGCUGACUUCAUUUUUGAAUUCUCAACUUUGAAAUCGGCCAGUGUGUUUGGCAGAAUUUGACCUAAUUCAGGGGUUAGAGUUCUAUCCCACUUAAAUGCAUUUUAAUUAGGGCACGCAAUUCAACGGGUGUUUGCAAUGGAAUUUCUGAAAACCUGUGUGCUUAGAAGAAAUGCAUGUAACGCGGUUUGCUUCUGGAGAAGCCGCGCGGUGCAAAAGCUUUCAGUUAGAAAGAUUAGUACUACCUCUCCAAGGAGCACUGUCAUGCCCGCCUGGGUGAUAGAUAAAUACGGGAAGAAUGAAGUGCUUCGAUUUACUCAGAACAUGAUGAUACCGGUCAUACACUAUCCAAAUGAAGUUAUUAUCAAAGUUCACGCUGCAAGUGUGAAUCCUAUAGAUGUUAAUAUGAGAAGUGGUUAUGGGGCUACGGCUUUAAAUAUAAAACGUGAUCCUUUACAUAUUAAAACCAAAGGAGAAGAAUUUCCCCUGACUCUGGGUCGGGAUGUCUCUGGUGUGGUGAUGGAAUGUGGACUUGACGUGAGGUACUUCAAGCCAGGAGAUGAGGUCUGGGCUGCAGUUCCUCCCUGGAAACAAGGCACCCUGUCAGAGUUUGUUGUAGUCAGUGGGAAUGAGGUCUCUUUCAAGCCCAAAUCACUCACUCAUACUCAAGCUGCCUCUUUGCCGUAUGUGGCUCUCACAGCCUGGUCUGCUAUAAACAAGGUUGGCGGCCUGAAUGACAAGAAUUGCACAGGAAAACGUGUUUUAAUCUUGGGUGCUUCAGGUGGAGUUGGUACUUUUGCUAUACAGGUCAUGAAAGCAUGGGGUGCUCACGUGACAGCAGUUUGCUCUCAGGAUGCCAGUGAACUUGUAAGGAAGCUCGGGGCAGAUGAUGUAGUUGAUUACAAAUCCGGAAGUGUGGAAGAGCAGUUGAAGUCUUUAAAACCGUUUGAUUUCAUUCUUGAUAAUGUCGGUGGAUCCACUGAAACAUGGGCUUUAAAUUUUCUCAAGAAAUGGUCAGGAGCCACAUAUGUGACUCUGGUGACCCCUUUUCUCCUGAACAUGGACCGACUGGGCAUCGCAGACGGCAUGCUGCAGACAGGAGUCACCGUGGGUUCUAAGGCAUUGAAGCAUUUCUGGCAAGGAGUCCAUUAUCGCUGGGCCUUUUUCAUGGCCAGCGGCGUGUAUCUAGACGACAUCGCGAAACUGGUGGAUGAGGGAAAGGAAGAAGGAAGUGAGCUCUCAUUAAGUACCAUGGCCCAUAGUUUCACAUGCUCUUUCCUGUGACUGGAGCCCCAUGGUGAGAGCCGUCCCCACCCUCCAGCAGCACACUGUGCAGUCGUGCCCUUCCCGAUCUCGGCUCCAGGCUGUCCACGGGCUUACCAUGAGUCUCUUGUAUUCAAAAUAUUGGGACUCGCGCUCUCUCGACCUGGAAGUUCCUAUUUACGCAACAGAGAAGAGAGGAGACUUGUGUAUAUGUAACUAUUAAAUUCGGCAGAUAACUGGCAGAAUGGCUACAAGAGGACAAGGUGGAGAUAAAGAUGCCCUUGAUGUGUCCUCAGACGAGGGUGAGCGAGGGAAUAUUCUUUUGGCCUGGCCAGGGUUAUUUGGGCCCAGGAGUCCCCUCUGACAGUGAAGGACUCCGGAACUGUGGGAGCUGCUGUGUUUGGGUGCCGUGAGCAGGCGAGCUGUCUUCAUGUGCAUCCUGCCUCAUUGUGGGUGCGGGAAGGUGCUGUCCGCGCUGGGCAGCUAUAGCAGAUAACCAAGCACGUCAGCUUCUCUGGUGUGUGGCGCAUAGAGAUUGUUAAAUGGGAUGAGGACAUUGAGAUUCUUCUAAGCUUUGGCUGAGCACUUGGUGAGUAACGGGUACCUGAGAGAGGAGCUCUGGUUAUUUCUGGACAGUGUGAAGCCACGAACCGAAAGAACCUACUCUUCUGAAAUACUUUAAGGUUCAAAAUCAAAAAGGUAGGAAGAGUUAUUUCCUGAAAUCUUUCUUUGACUCCUGUCCCUCAGUCACGGAGCUUGUCUUGUCAGACACAAUCAUUGUUAACCAGUUUCUCGGGUAUUCCAGAGAUGGUCUUGGUAUCUAGAGGGCAGUGACAGAGAAUGACUUAUAAUUAUCACACUGAGUGGAGUGGCCUGCUACCAGAAUUGUGCCUUUUGCCUACAGUUAUUUUUGCAUUUUUCGUCCCUCGGCACAA